AUCCCGAAAACAAUUGGCAAUUGGCGGCAAACUGUGUUUUGCUCAAAGUUUCACAAUUUAGCCAUAAAUCGAAAGUUAGUAAAUAAAGAGAGCAAAUUAUUGAAGUAAUACACACCAAAAAGGCGCUAAAAGUAAUAUUUAGUGGUAUAAAAUGGCUAGAACAAAAGCUUCAGUGGGUGCAAAAGUGUCAGCUGGUAAGAGUAGCAAAGCAAGAUGUAGUGUAGCACCACCCACUAGUAGCAGUAGUUCAUCAGGAGGUGAAAAAUCUUCAAGAAGUUAUUCAGGAGGAAACCCUGUGUGUCCCAGAGAAACACCUAAGUGGCAGAAACCUAUAACUAACUUCUUUAUAACUAAUCAAGGGCAAAAACCGUGCGAAGAUGGUGAAAUUGCCGGCAGUUCAAAAUCCAAACCGAAAAGAAAUAUAAUUCAUUCAGAUGACGAAAGCGAUUCGGAAAAAAGUACAAACAAAAGCAAAGAAGACCAGAAUGAAAGCAAAGAAGACCAGAAUGAAAGCAAAGAAGACCAGAAUAAAAGCAAAGAAGAUCAGAAUGAAAGAAUAGAGAAUGAAGUAGAAAGCCAAGAAUUUGAAUGCAGUCAAAGUUAUGAACACUCACCACCGAAGAACAGAGAAUUGGACGAAUCGAUUAUACUAGAACCUCUUACUGGCGAAAAUAGUCAUAAACUGGAGGAAUAUUACACAAAAGAUAAAGGAAAAGGUAAAGGAAAGAAAAGCAAAGAGGACAAUAACAACAGGCUAUCUUUUAAACGGCAAUCAGAGGAUAUGGAAUCUCCGCUCCCUAAAAAAAUAAGGGUUAAUUAGGAUUUGUUCGGAUGUAGAAUAUUUGUUCUUUUUUAGUUUGUUUUUUUAUUAAAGUACAGGUUAUUUGAAAGAAGCUGUCACGGAUACUUUUGCAAUAAAUACGAUUUCUUUGGCAUUUGUUUGAAUAAAAAGUUGUUUCCUGUUAUUUCUUCGCACGUGUUAAAUUCGGAGUAGUUUUAGAGAUGUUAUACAUAUAAAAUCCUUCUUAAAUCACUAUCUAUUAAAAAAACCAACAAAAGCUG